AUGUCCAAACACGACUCGGGCAGCACCAGUACUGGUGCAAUGGAGCCCGCAAUUGACCAAAAGCCUCGACGAAACUCCAAAGCCUCGGGCUCAGGCAACCCAGACGCUGCCGAUCAGCUCCUCGAGAACCUUGGCUACAAGGCUGAGCUGUCGCGAAACCGUUCGACUUUCCAGGUCGCCUUCAUGUCCUUCGUCCUCGCUUCUAUUCCCUACGGUCUCGCUACAACCCUGGCUUACCCUCUGAUUGGCGGCGGUCCCGUCAACGUUAUCUGGGGAUGGCUCGCCGUCUCUCUCAUUAUUGUCUGUGUCGCUGCUUCUCUUGGUGAAAUCACCAGUGUCUAUCCUACAGCUGGAGGCGUCUACUACCAAGCUUUCAUGCUCUCCCCUCCACGAUGGCGUCGCAUCGCAAGCUGGAUCUGCGGCUGGUUAUACAUUGUCGGAAACAUUACCAUUACCCUCGCUGUCAACUUCGGUACCGCCCUCUUCAUUGUCUCGUGUGUCAAUGUCUUCGAGUCGAGCCCCGGUGUCGGUGUCAUGUCUGGAGAGGCCUACCAGGUCUUCCUCGUCUUCCUCGGCCUUACAUUCCUUUGCAACGCCGUCUCUGCGCUCGGAAACAAAUACCUUCCCUGGAUUGAUACUGCUGCUGUGUUCUGGACUUUUGCUGGUGUCAUUGCCAUUGUCGUUUGUGUCCUCGCUUUGGCCAAGGGAGGCCGUCGCGAUGCUGCUUACGUCUUUGGUCAUUUCGAGGCCAACUCUGGAUGGCCCAAGGGCUGGUCUUUCUGUGUCGGUCUCCUUCACGCUGCCUACGCUACUUCUUCCACUGGAAUGAUCAUCUCCAUGUGUGAGGAAGUUCAGAACCCUUCGGUCCAAGUCCCCAAAGCCAUGGUCGCCACCAUCUUCAUCAACACCUUCGCUGGUCUCCUCUUCAUCAUCCCGUUGAUGUUCGUCCUCCCCGAUCUCCAAGAAGUCAUCCUCUCCGCCCAGCCAGUGCCCUUCAUCAUCAAGACCGCUGUUGGCAGCUCCGGUGGCGCCUUUGGACUCCUCUUCCCUCUCAUCGUCCUCGCCAUCAUCUGCGGUAUUGGCUGCACGACUGCCACUUCUCGAUGCACAUGGGCUUUCGCUCGUGACGGUGCCAUCCCCGGUGCCAAGUGGUGGUCCAAGGUCAACACUUCGCUCGACGUUCCUCUCAACGCCAUGAUGCUCAGCAUGGUCGUCCAGAUCAUCCUUGGUGUCAUCUACUUCGGUUCAUCUGCCGCCUUCAACGCCUUCUCUGGUGUCGGUGUCAUUUGCUUGACUGCUUCAUACGCCACUCCCAUCGCCAUCAGUCUCGCCACCGGUCGCAAGCAGGUCCAGACUGGCAAGUUCUACCUUGGCAAGUUGGGCGCUGUCGCCAAUGUCAUCGCUAUCGCUUGGUCCCUCCUCGCCAUGCCUCUCUUCUGCAUGCCCUCCGUCGUCCCCGUCACCGCCGAAACCGUCAACUACGCUCCCGUCGUCUUCGUCUUCGCGUGCUUGGUCUCUGGAAUUUGGUACUGGGCCUGGGGUCACAAGAACUACGCUGGUCCCCCCACACACGAGGACUAG